AUGGACUUCGUCAAAAUUAUUUUGUUCAUCUUUCUCAUCUGUGGCUUGCGUGCGGAGCUAAAAGUUCCGGCUGGAUCCUGCGUUUCCAAGAUCGUGAAUGGGAAACUCGUCCAAGUUGGAGAUUGCAAGAAAGACGAUGGAUCCGAAAUCGCCAGAUUGAUCCAGAAGAGUCUUGAUGAAAAGAAAAAAGCUGAAAUUAAAUGUGACUUCAAAUACGAUUCCAAAUGCUACAAAGCAGUUGUGUAUGGUACACAGAAUGUCACCUUCUACGACGCUCAACUAAUUUGCAAAUCGAUGAAUAACGGAAAACCAGCGAACAUUCACGACCUCGCGCAUUACAAGUGGCUGCUCCCUCAUCUUCGCUUACUGAUAACUGCGGAAUGGAUUUCUAUCUGGACUGGGAUGGAGUAUAAGAACAAUCAGCUUCUGCUGUCAAGUGGAGGACCAAUUACUAUAGCAACUGAAGUGUGGUAUCCUGAUUAUCCGAUAACCGCUGCAUCGAGAACAAAUGUUGUUGUUCUGGUCGAUAUGGAUCCAGAGUAUGCAUUUCAGGGAAUGUUCAAUGUUCCACCAUACGACUCAUUCCACGGUGUCAUCUGUGAAAUAUAA